AUGGCGGAGACUGCGGCGGCGGCAGCAGCGGCGGAAACCGCCUCGGCGGAGACUCCUCCUUUCCAGCUGGGCAAGCCUCGCUUCCAGCAGACUUCCUUUUAUGGCCGGUUCCGGCAUUUCCUGGACAUCAUUGAUCCCCGUACUCUCUUUGUCACUGAGAGUCGCCUUAAAGAAGCUGUGCAGCUCUUAGAAGAUUACAAGCAUGGCACGCUGCCUCCGGGGGUCACCAAUGAACAGCUUUGGAGUGCUCAGAAAAUCAAACAGGCCAUCCUGCACCCGGACACCAAUGAGAAGAUCUUCAUGCCUUUUAGGAUGUCAGGUUACAUCCCCUUUGGAACACCCAUUGUUGUUGGCCUCCUCCUGCCCAACCAGACCCUGGCCUCCACCAUCUUCUGGCAGUGGCUGAACCAGAGUCACAAUGCCUGCGUCAACUAUGCAAACCGCAAUGCGACCAAGCCUUUGCCUGCAUCCAAGUUCAUCCAGGGCUACUUGGGAGCCGUCAUAAGCGCUGUCUCAAUCGCAGUGGGCCUUAAUGCUCUAGUUCAAAGAGCAAACAAGUUCACCCCAGCCACCCGCCUUCUCAUCCAGAGGUUCGUGCCGUUCCCGGCUGUAGCAAGUGCCAAUAUCUGCAACGUGGUCCUGAUGAGGCACAAUGAAUUGGAGGAAGGAAUUGAUGUCCUGGACAGUGAUGGCAACGUCGUGGGCUCCUCAAGAAUUGCAGCCAGACAUGCACUGAUCGAGACGGCCCUGACUCGAGUGGUCCUUCCCAUGCCCAUCCUGGUUCUACCCCCAAUCAUCAUGUCUGUGCUGGAAAAGACAUUUCUCCUGCAGUCUCGUCCCCGGCUUCUUCUGCCUGUGCAAAGCUUCGUGUGCCUUGCCGCCUUUGGCCUGGCCCUGCCUCUCGCCAUCAGUCUCUUUCCGCAGAUGUCAGAGAUUGAAACAUCCCAAUUGGAGCCAGAGAUUGCACUGGCCACAGCCAGUCGGACAGUGGUAUACAACAAAGGCCUGUGAGUGGACGCAGGUCCUCUGGUCAGAGAAGCAAUGGGCCAGAGGACCGGGUAGGGUGAGGGCUGGAAAGAGGAAAUGUCAGCCUGCCCUCCUGACUCCAAGUAGUUGAGCAAGGAGUUCCAAGCUAACACCAGAUCACUAAUGUUGGAAAGGAAGUAACAUUUUCAGACAACCACCACCUUACAGGAGGUUGGGAGGUUAAAGCAGUCAGAUUUUAACACAAGGGAGAAGGGGGAGGGGGAAAAGCCUAGUGCAGGGGAGAGUCAGAUUUUAUAGAAAGGAAAUACUAUAAUCAAGCACAUUUCUGGGCUGUGGUGGGGAGCUUACAGAACCUAUCCCAGCACAAUCAUGAGUGAAGCUGGGAAGAAAUAUAUAGAAUGCCCUAAAGAGAGAAAUAGGGUGUUGGGAUUUUAAAGGUUUUUUUUUGUUUCUUUUUGUUUGGUUGGGUUUUUUAAAGUCAGAAUUGAGUCUUAACACUGGUUGAUGCUGCAAAGAAGCCAUUUCAUAGCUGGGUGGAUAAGCAUGGGAAUUGGGCACAUGAACUUGAUGGGGUGGGGGUGCUGCAUCACAUCCUCUGGGGAAAACCUGAGCACUGUUGCCCAAUCUUGCCCUGGCUAAUCUGGUGUUUCCAGUAAACAGGAGAUGCUACAUGUGUCCCUUCCCCUAUUCUUCUCUCCCUUCCUUGAAGACUGGAACCCAACUAGACUGGAACUUGAGACCCUGGGGCCUUCCCAUUAAAGGGACCAGGAAAGCAUGUCCCUAUCCCUAGCAGCAGCCUUCUGCCCUCUGGAGCCCCCCAGAUGGGGAAGCCACAGGUCAGUUAUCGAGGGCACCAAAGCAAGCCUAAAUCCAGACCUUACAGGAGACUGGGUGCCUCCAUUUUGUGAUUUGGGAAAGGGAGAUGGGAAGGGAUGCUACUAAUGGAAUGAUGACAUUGGAGGCACUUUACAACUGUGAGUGCUUCCAAGACUAAGGACUGAAUCACCUUUGGAAGAAGAUGCCAGCACUUUAUAUGCACCAACAAGAGAGGGAUAAGGACUUUAAGUGGCCCAAAUUGGUGGGGCCUGGGGAGUGGAGGAAGAAAAAGGCAGCAAGUUCCCAGGGUUGCAAUCUAAGCUGGGGACUGACGCUCUGGAGUGCUCCCCUGAGCCCUUUGGGACAAACUAGACCUGGUCUCUGGCCCAAAAUUCUAGCCAGAAGAUCAGGAUCAGGCAAUGUAACCCUUCCAGGACUGCCUGGCACCCCUUCCCCACCAUGGAAGCCCAUCAGUAACCAGAUCUCAGAUGGCACCUGCCUGCCUGUCCAAUCAUCCAAGCUACACCAGUAUGUGCUGAAGUCCCCUGUCCUCUGCUUCUCCCCACUCUAUCCCUAUCAGGAAUAAGCCAAGACUUGAUGGACGCAAAGUUAUCUAAAUCCUUGAAAAUGACCCAGAAAUUGGUUCCUUCCAGCCUCCAAAGCCAUUGAAGCUCCAGGGGUGGAAAGAAUUCUCCUCUCCCCUUUGCCCAAAGAGGAGAGACCUAGGAAUUAAGGAUAUGCCACCCCUCUUGGGAUGGGGACCAUGUAGGAAAAGCCAUCUGGGACACAUCUGCCCGGGAAAGAUGCAACUGAGCCUUUCACUCUUCACGAAGACCAAUGGAACUGGGAACCACGUAUCAACCUCAGGAUGGCCGUGCAACUGACAGGGAUGUUUGGACCAACUUGGGUUUAUUCCCCUUUAGACCACUCUGCCCCAAAGCGGCCUGUCUCCUUAGACCUGUACUACCCUUGACUUCUCCCCUCCCCCUUUCCUUUACUCUCCUCCCCAAGUGGGUUUUGUAUCAGGGAUGCAGAGAGCUGUUGUUCCUGGCUCAGGCUUGAGAGGCUGGGUGCUUAGACAGAAAGCCCAAACCUGGGGGAGCUAGGUGGCAUAAUGGAUAGAGCACUGGCCCUGGAGUCAGGAGGACCUGAGUUUAAAUCCACCCUC